AUGGUAUCUCGGUCCAACGAGGGCCCAGAAGCGCCUCAUCCGGCGUCUAGAACGCCCGGCGCACCCGCAAAAGGACGCCUCACGAGACUCGGUUCCAGUCCAUCAAAACGAGACGACAAAGCAAAAGAUGACAGGAUGGGAAAGACGUCGGCGAAAGAUGUUGCGGAGCUCAAGGACUAUAUCAAGCUCGCUGAUCUCCCCAAGAGUGAAUUGCGGGUCAUCAUGCUGGAGAUUGACCUCCUGAAGAAUUUGGAUCACCCGAAUAUCGUGAAGUACCAGGGGUUCGUGAAGUCGGCCGAAACGUUAAACAUCAUUCUCGAAUAUUGCGAAAAUGGUUCUCUACACUCAAUUGCCAAAAACUUCGGCCGCUUUCCGGAAACUUUAGUGGGGGUAUAUAUGUCCCAAGUUCUCCAUGGUCUUCUUUACCUUCACGAUCAGGGCGUCAUACACAGAGAUAUUAAGGGUGCAAAUAUUCUUACAACGAAAGAGGGCCUUGUCAAGCUUGCAGACUUCGGUGUGGCCAGUCGUACCACCGGACUAAGCGAAUCGAGCGUUGUCGGGACUCCAUACUGGAUGGCCCCUGAAGUGAUUGAAUUAUCAGGUGCAACUACAGCGUCUGAUAUAUGGAGUCUGGGAUGUACUGUCAUUGAGCUGCUUGAAGGAAAACCGCCGUACUAUAACCUUCAGCCGAUGCCGGCUCUUUUCCGGAUUGUCAAUGACGAUCACCCUCCCCUCCCUCAAGGCGCCUCACCAGCAGUCAAAGAUUUCUUGAUGCAGUGUUUUCAGAAAGAUCCCAACCUUCGUGUGUCCGCUCGCAAACUUCUGAAACACCCAUGGAUCGUCAACGCUCGAAGAUCUGACUCCGUAGUCCCUAAAAAAUCAACCGAAUAUGAAGAGGCGGUGAAAAGUGUCCAGGAGUGGAAUGAGGCUUUGCGUUCGCCGGAAUCGAAUGCCCUAAGAAGAGGAACCAGAAAUGAAAAUCAAAACCCACCGUCUUUACGGCUUGACACGCGGCAUACGCCAACUAAAGUUACACUUCCAAGCCCAGUCUCCAGAAUUGUCGCGGACAAAUUUAGUUCUCCUAGCUCCGGAGAAGAGGAUAACUGGGACGAUGAUUUUGCUACGGCCAUCUCGCCAAGUGCACUGCAGCUACCUCACCUUCGGCCGCACGACAAUUUUGGUGGAAUGCUUUCUUCGGAGAAACUGAAGGCAUUUGCCUCUCUAGAUGGUACAGUCCUAAAGUCUGAUGAAAGCUUUGAGGAGUCCGAUGACCCUUUCAAAGGAUCUCUGCUGGCCGGAGAACAUGACCCGCUGAAGACAAUCCGGCCCCCGCCGUCGCAGCAGGCAAACUCAGGAACAUCACAGUCUCAAAACGGACCGUAUGGUGCGCAUAUGAGGCGGGGACCGCCCCUAAAUACCGCCAUAACCCCAGUUUAUGGUGGGCAAAUGCUCCAAAACUCGUCAUCUCCUAUACGGCAACAACGUCCGCCGUUGUUCUACAAAGAGAACUCCGUUGAAGAUUACUCCGAUCUUAUCUCGGCUAAUGAAGACGUCCUUGACCGCAAAAUCAGUGCUUUUCAAGAGAGCGACGAGCAUAAAGACUUAGCAGACACGGGAAGGUCCAGGGAAGUCAUCCGGUAUCAGAGUUCAUACGAGCAAGAAGAUACACCUCGAAUCGGAAGACAAAUAUCAGUCAAGCGGUACCGUGGGACAGUCGAGAUCCAGCAGUUUGCCGAGAACGAGCAUGAUGAGGAUUUUUCUGAUAUCCUAGGGGUGGAUGGAGUCACGCUAGACAAGGCUGAAAGCGACGACGGCUCAAAUAAGAGCACACUGAUGCUAAAUACAAAAUUAUCAAACAAUUCUUGGCUAGGAGAUUUGGAUGAUGAAGAUGAUCCCUUCGCACUGCUUGAGGAAGGGCUCGAUGAGACUGACCUCGAAGCUAAUAUCGCUCGUGACAAACAUGCACGACUCCGAAGUCAAGUUGAAGGGCUUGUUGGUUCUUUGAAGACGUCGCAAGACGAAGAAGUACUUGGGGACAUAUCGGAGCAGCUCUUGGCCGUCUUCUGCGAUUUCCCUGAGACGAAGAACAUAAUAAUUAGCGCCCAUGGCAUGUUACCAAUAUUGGAGAUUCUUGACCUAUGCCGCCGCCGCGACAUUACUUUGUGCCUACUGAAAAUUGUCAAUGCAAUCAUCUAUGAUGAUUACGAAAUACAGGAAAAUCUCUGCUUUGUCGGCGGUAUUCCCAUCAUUAACGAAUUCGCGGCGAAAAAAUAUCCCCGGGAAAUACGGCUCGAAGCAGCAGCGUUUGUUCAACAGAUGUACCAAACAUCAACCCUUACCCUUCAAAUGUUUGUCAGCGCGGGAGGGUUAAAUGUUCUUGUUGAGUUUUUGGAGGACGAUUACGAGGAUGAACGUGACCUUGUUCUGGUAGGAGUGAAUGGCAUCUGGAGUGUUUUUGAGUUACAGGGCUCGACUCCCAAAAACGACUUUUGCAGAAUUUUAUCACGCAGCUCCGUUUUGGAUCCUUUGUCCCUUGUGUUGAGCCGAGUGUUGGACGAAGAAGGCGAGUUGGCCGAGGUCGUGGAAGGCCGCAUUGCAAAUAUCUUCUUCAUCUUCUCGCAAGCUGAGAAUCAUGUCAAAGAAAUGGUAUCGGAGCGCACAGUCUUACAUAGUACUGACGAUGGCUUAGGGGUUUUAAAAGAAUUGAAGCGCAUGACACCCGCCCACCAAAUAACUAUGCUGAAGUUCAUCAAGAAUCUGUCUAUGCUAUCAACAACACUUGACUCUCUUCAAAACUCAAACGCGAUUGACGUCUUGACCGACCUCUUGCGGUCCACAAUCAAGCGUCCACAUUUCCGGGAGGUCUCCAACCAGAUUCUGAAUACAAUUUAUAAUAUGUGUCGUCUCAACAAGUCACGACAAGAAGAUGCCGCGUUAAAUGGGAUUGUGCCUUUACUCCAGAAGAUUGUGAAGACUGAACGUCCACUCAAGGAGUUUGCGUUGCCUAUUCUCUGCGAUAUGGCACACUCUGGGAAAGUUGGCCGUCGGGAGUUGUGGCGGAACAAGGGACUCGCAUUCUAUAUCUCAUUACUUUCUGACCCUUACUGGCAGGUGACCGCUUUGGAUGCAAUAUUCAUAUGGCUUCAGGAAGAGACCGCUAAGGUGGAAGAGCAUCUAUUGGAAAAUCGUUACGAUCAGCCAUCAUUCACAGACGCGAUCGUGAGAUGCUUGACAUUGUCCAAGGCGAAUGCGUUCGAGAACAUCCUUGAGCCGCUGCAAAAGCUUCUGAGGCUCAGUCCUCCAAUAGCCUCGACCCUGGCGCGCCCAGACUUGUUCAGCCGGCUCGGACAGAAACUCCAUCAUUCCAAGGCUGCGGUCCGUCUGAAUCUCCUGCGCAUAAUUUCUAGCAUUUGCGACUCUAGUGAGCAACAGGGCGGACUACUUGCAAGCUACGGGCUCCUGGACUCAAUUCGCGAGUUAGAGCAUGAUCCUGCGAUUCUUGUUCGGGAUAUGGCUGGAAAAUUAAUCCAGUCCAGCGAGAGAAAUGAUUCGUACGGACUCUGUAAACUCAAGCCCAAUGUUAGGCGGGGAAGUACAUCUGCCACUUCCCCUGGUCUCCUUGCCAACCAAUCAGCGCCUGUCACUCCUCAGUUGAGUCGACAAAACCAGUCGAAAGGAUACUACGAUAGUCGGGAAACGCAACGGCGGCCGCGAAGUGCAAUCAGUGGCUCUGCACUGGCUCUCCGUCCUGGAAGCAGAGACGGGCCAACUCCGGGUAUUGUAGGGGGUGCUAACGGAAGUGCUGGUGCCUCAAGAAAUAGGAUAGCUCGCGGAGUGUCCAAUAGAUUGUCGCACAUCGAGCUGUUACCGAAUGAUGAUGAUCGAAUCCCGAGUUCUAUAACUCGUCGAUCGUCGGUCCUCCCACGUCGUCGACGAUUGACGCAGUUUGAGGCGGAGCGAGGAUCGUAA